ACCAAUAACAACUUGAGCCCGCAGUACAAAAAGAAUCAAGAUGGCGGCUGACGUUCCACCUUCUCUAAAACCAAUCCAACCGUAUUUAAAAGUCGCUAAAGAAUACGAAAAGAGAGAUCGAAUCGUAGCGUACUAUUGUAACCUCUUUGCAGUCCAGAAAGGUAUAAAGCUAGAUAGUAAAAGUCCAGAUGGAAAGAAAUUCCUAUUUACUCUUAUGGACAAGCUCGAGAAGACCAAGAAAGAGCUUGCUGGUGAGGAUGCCAUCACUAGUGACAUUGUAGGGCAGGCGCAUAUGGAUGAGCAGGCCAGGCAACUUUUCCUGUGGGCCGACACAGAAGACAGGGCUGCCAGAUUUAACAAAAAUGUUAUCAAGUCCUUUUACACUGCAAGUCUUAUCUACGACACUCUUGCUCAGUUUGGGGAACUCACAGAUGAAGCAACAAUGCGACAAAAGUACUCCAAGUGGAAAGCCACUUACAUUAACAAAUGCUUAAAAGAGGGUGUAACUCCUACACCUGGCCCUCCUGGGGGAGAAGAAGAUGAAUUUGGUGGAUAUUUUGAUGGUGAUGCCUCAGGGGCGUCGGCUAGUGGUGAGGGCCCUUCUAACCAGUCAGCCUCAAGUGGGGACCAGCCCCCUGCAUGGAAUGCAGGUGGGGACACGCCUUCCCAACCUCAAGUGCCGUCUAGUACCCCACCCAAGCCAGCACCUCGUACUGUCUUCCAACAGCCAGCUGCUCCGUCAUCUGAUUCCUACACAGGUGAAUCGGGUGCAACUUCUCAAGAAGACAUGGAUAAAGCACUCAAAUUUUGUAGAUUUGCGACCAGCGCUUUGCAGUAUGAAGACGUCCCUACAGCUAUAGACAAUCUCCAAAAAGCCUUGAAAGUACUAAAAAAGCAAUAGUCUUAUAUGAUUUAAAGUGCAAGGCAAUGGAACCCAGGGUUUUAAGAUUUCUAUCUAACCAAAUCUUUCAAUAUUUUUUUUUUCUUCCCUUCCCUUGGACAAAAGUGGAACUCAGUCAGGUCCAACCUGUUAGGGAAUCAAAUAAUUUUUCAAGUAAGUCGCUUCUGUGUUGAGCGUUUUACUGAGGUAAGUGAUAUGCUGAACACAGCAAUGACUGUUUGAGUCUAGUGGGAAGUUUGAGCGAACUCCCAAUUUUGAAUUAUUGGGGUUCUACUGUAAAGCAAGAUUUAUAAAAACAGACCUCCAUCUAAGGAUUUUUCAAUUUUAUGAUGCAUUUAUCUUUUGCUGUGGCACAUUGUGAAAUUCAAGUUUCAAAGCUAGAAAUUGAUGCCAGUGUAAGAAAGUGAUGCCAGUUAAUUUGAUAAUAUCUGGCCAAAUAGUAUAAACAUGUUGAAAAUAUUGACAAUAUUUGAUGUAGUAUUUGAUGCAGGGAAAGUUCCUUUUGUGGAUGACCAUGGAUCCCCUCGAGGAGUUUACUAAAAAAUCAGCAGCUAUGAUGAUAAAAUAUAAAACAAAAACACAUAGUUUUACUAGGAGUAAUGCAGCAAGGUCACAUGUUGGAUGUAAUGUUUAUAAUACUCCCAGAUGUGAGCAAAGAAUAAAAUCCAUAAGUAAAAUCA